AUGGUUGCUUCUGAAGUUCAAAAUAACGUCAAUGACGUUGAAGCUCAAUCUGAUGCUGAAUACAUCCCACCAUAUCAAUCAAGAUCAAAAGUUUUAGGUUUAAAUGAUACUUUAAGAAACCAUGUUGUUGCCGUUAUUGGUGAAUUUGUUGGUACCUUUUUAUUCUUAUGGUCAGCUUUUAUGAUUGCACAAAUUGCUAAUCAAAACCAAGAUGUUGUUAACAAAGUUGAAGGUUCCCAUCCAUCUCAAUUAAUUAUGAUUUCAUUUGGUUUUGGUGUUUCUGUUGCUGUUGGUGUCUUUAUCUUUUUCAGAAUUUCUGGUGGUAAUUUAAAUCCAGCUGUUACUUUAACUUUAGUUUUAGCUAGAGCUAUUCCACCAGUUAGAGGUGCUUUAAUGAUGCUUGCUCAAAUGGUUGCUGGUAUGGCUGCUGCUGGUGCCGCUUCUGCUAUGACUCCUGGUGAAAUUGCCUUUGCUAAUGCUUUAGGUGGUGGUUGUUCAAGAUCAAGAGGUGUUUUCAUUGAAGCUUUUGGUACUGCUAUCUUGUGUAUUACUGUUUUAUUCUUAGCUGUUGAAAAACAUAGAGCUACUUACAUGGCCCCAUUAGUUAUUGGUUUAGCUUUAUUCAUUGGUCAUUUAAUCUGUGUUUACUACACUGGUGCUGGUUUAAACCCAGCUAGAUCAUUUGGUCCAGCCGUUGCUGCUCGUUCAUUCCCAACUUACCACUGGAUCUACUGGGUUGGUCCAUUCUUAGGUUCAUUGAUCUCAUUUGGUGUCUGGCAAUUAUUGAAAAUUUUAAACUAUGAAACUGCUAACCCAGGUCAAGAUUCUGACCAUUAG